AUGUACAUCAAGACUACUUCUCUCGCUACUGUAGGCGUUCUUGCGUCGCAGGCUCUGGCUCUGGACAGUGGCUUUGGCCGAACACCGCCGAUGGGUUUCAACACCUAUAACCCUGCCGCUUGCACCAUCAACCAGACUUAUAUUCGAGACACCAUCAAUGCUUUUUCAGACAAAGGCUUUGGCACUGCUGGCUACAACAUCUUUGGACUUGAUUGUGGCUGGCAAGGAACUCAGCGUCAAGGCAAUGGUUCGAUCACUUAUGAUGCCAGAGCAUUCCCCGACGGCAUCCUUCCUUUGAGCAAACUUGCAAACAGCAAAGGCUUUGUGAGCUACACCAGUCACACAACAAGUGAAAACAACUUGGCUGACAGAAACUCCAUCAGAAANUGGGGCAUGUACACCGAUCAAGGUGUCAAAGCCUGCGACACUGGAGUCGACCGACCAGGCUCUCUGAACCACGAAAAGCAAGACGCACUGCAACUCGCCGGCUGGAAUGUUGCAUACAUGAAGGUCGACAACUGCUGGAUCACUGCGGACUCCAAUGCACCCAAGGACGCCAGAACAGACUUCCCGUCUCGAUUCGGAGCUUUCUCGUCUGCUCUUCAACAAGUUGGCAUCAAGGGCAUGUUGACCUGCCAAUGGGGUGUUCCAUACUCGAGCCCCAGCGGCCUGCAGGGUCCUGCCGAGUGGACGCCGUCAGUGUCAACCUCUUUCCGUGUCAGCGACGACAUUACCGCAGGCUGGGCAAGCGUCUCUCGUAUCUACAACGAGGCGAUCAACGUCAACUUGAGAGGCUUGAAUGGCCCCGGCCACUUCUCCGACAUGGACUUGCUCGAAGUGGGUCAAUCUGGCAUGACUACCGAUGAACAGGCCACCCACUUUGCCAUCUGGGCCAUGUUCAAGAGUCCCUUGAUGAUCUCGACAAGUAUCGGAAGCAUGUCAAGCUCCACUCAAGCAAUUUUGCAGAACAAGGGCUUGAUUGCCGUCAAUCAAGAUACUCUGGGCAAGCCAGUGGUUCUUACUCAACGCUUUUCGGGGAACAACGAUCAGUUUGCAGGUCCGCUUGCCAACGGCGAUGUAGCUGUGCUUCUUGUCGACUUGACAAACACCAAGCGCAGUCUCGGCAUUUACUUUUCCGCCCUCAACAUCUCUUCUGCCACCGUCACUGAUCUCUGGACUGGCAAGACCGUGUCAGGCGCCAACAACUACUUUACCACUGUCAACGGCCAUGGCUCUGUCGCUCUCCGCUUGAGCAAUAUCGUCAAAUCCACACCCGCAGCACCAUCACUCAAGUACUACGAAGCCGAAGCAGGCAAGCUCGCUGGCAGCGCAGCAAUCGCAUCCUGCUCCGCCUGUUCCGGCGGCAAGAAAGUCGGCUCCGUGGGUAAUGGCGCUGGCAACACUCUCACCUUUACCGGUGUCCGCACAAGCCAAGCCACCCAAGAUGUUCGCUUCGACUACGUUGACUGCGAGAUCGGGUAUGCCUUUGGCGGAGGCUAUGGCAAUGUCAGAGGAGCAAGUAUCAGUGUCAAUGGUGGUGCUGCGCAAUCCGUGAGUUUCCCUUUGACGGGUUACAACUGGGAUAAAGAUGUCACCAAGGGAUUUUUGGUUAGAUUGUCUGGGUUCAAGACAGAUGGUGACAAUACUGUCACGAUUUCUGGGCAGUCGAGUAUCUCGCCGUAUGCUCCGGACUUUGAUAGGAUUGGUGUUGUGGCAUGA